GGGCAGACUCUACUCUUGUUACUAUUCUCCAGGAAGGCAGAAUCAGAAGCCUACAUUUAGAGUACGAUUUGUUGCUUUACAUGUGCCUAGCUGUUGAUAUAACCCGCCCGAUCAUCAAAACCACUCUUGUCUUGGUGAUUAUCCAUUCGUCUUGUAACAUCCAAGAACACACUGCAUAUUGUCUUGGUAAUAUCAAUACUACCCUUGGCACGCCGCCGGUAGCUGUGUACAUGCGACUCAAUAAACAGUUUCUCGAGGUGGCCCGUCUUCAAGUAAUGGUUAACUGUGACAUGCCGAACAAGAGCGUGGCGGGGAGUAGUAAAACUAUGAAUAUGCUAAAAAAGGGGAUUACGUAUAGUUUAAAGCGCUUUGUACGUAUUGUGCCGAAUGGCAGGGUCGGGUUUCCUUUAGGGGCAUCUAACUUAAGAACGUACUUGAACACGACCCGCAUACUCUCUCCGCAUUGUGAGCCGUCGCGUUUAAUGCUUCCCUUGCUUAAGACCUUUGCCACGCACUCGGUGGAAUCGUUUCUACAGAUUUAUAAUGUACCAAUAGAGCCGUUGGUGGUUUAUUUGUCUAAAGAACAUAGUGAUCUGUAUAAAUACAUGGAGAUUUAA